CCGAUGAUGCGCUGCGGGUUCCCGAGACACGCAAACGUGGGACGAACCAUCAACACAGGUUUGUGCAUCCAAAGCUGUAAGCGAGGGUCAGACUACGCUUGUGUUCUCGCCGUAAUCACAGCUAUCAGGGCCAGAUAAUCAAAGCCACGGACAACGAAAGCGUCAUGCGUGCUUCCAAAUUUAAUGUUACUCGUGCCCGAGUGAGGGCGGAGCAUGACUGGUCUCUCCGGGAGAUAUCGGAAAGGCGGGUGUGCGUCCCACUGGCUAGCCAGCGCGCUUCGCCAUGGGAGCGCUCGCACCAGCCUCGAGUCACCACUUGACUGUGCGAAGUCGGUGACACGAUCGACGGAAAAGGCCUGGGAACGACGCCGAUCGUGCACACGAAAUGGGGAUGGCCCAAGAAGGUUGUCCCAUAUGGCUGGGUCUCCAGCACCAAAUCGGGUAGUCUCAAAGGUGAUGUCGACG